AUGAAGAAACUCAACAGGAAUGGUAGUAUAAAACCUGAGAAAGAAAGCGAAUUGACUGAGGAACAAACAGUUGAAUCUUCUGAAAGCUCAGCGCAAAAAAGUACUGCAGUAUUUAAAGAAAGUACAGAAACAGAAGUUAUUGCUCUUAAUUCAUUAUCUGAAGAAAAUCAUUCUUACCAUCAGACAAAAGUGCUGGAAGAAAAUACUGAAGAAAUAAGUACAACAGAAAAAGGUGAAUCAUAUGGCAGUAGUGGAAAUCCUCAUGAAGAAAGUAAGACGUCAGAAAACCAUAUUCCUUAUCAUACUCAUAUUGGGUCUAAGGAAUAUAAUAUGCCCGAAGAAACUGAACAGGUUGAGUCAACUACCGAAGGUGAAUUAAUAAUAAGUAGCACGAAUCCUCAGGAAAAAAAUCAAACAUCUGAAAAACAUAUGCUUCAAUCUACCGAAAUUAAUUUACAAGAAAAUACUGAAAAAAUAAAUACACCCGAAGAAGGUGAAUCAUACAGCAGCGUUGCAAAUCUUCAUGAAGAAACUAAAACGUCAGAAAACCAUUUUAGUUAUGAUACUCAUAUUACAUCUAAGGAACAUAAUAUGCAUGAAGAAACUCAACAAGGUGAGUCAACUGCCGAAACUGAAACUGCUGAACAUAUUAAAACCGUUACAGAAAAUGUGUUACUGACAACUGGUAUAAAUCCUGAAAAAGAAAACGAAUUGACUGAGGAACAAACAGUUGAAUCUUCUGAAAGCUCAAUGCGAAAAAGUACUGUAGGCUUUAAAGGAACUACAGAAAAGGAAGUUAGUACUAUUAAGUCAUUACCUGAAGAAAAUCGUUCUUACCAUCAGACAACAAUGUUGGAAGAAAAUACUGAAGAAAUAUAUAUAACCGAAGAACGUGAAUCACAUAUCAGUAGUGGCAAUCCUCAAGAAGAAAGUAUGAUGCCAGAAAAACAUUUUCCUUAUACUCAUAUUACAUCUAAAAAAUUUAAUAUGCAUGAAGAAACUGAACAAGUUGAGUCAACUGCCGAAGAUGAAACUGCUGGACAUAUUAAAACCAUUACAGAAAAUGAGUUAGAGACAGAUAGUAUAAAUCCUGAAAAAGAAAACGAAUUGAGUGAGGAACAAACAAUUGAAUCUUCUGAAAGCUCAGUGCAAAAAAGUACUGCAGGACUUAAUGAAAGUACAGAAACAGAUGUUAUUACUAUUAAUUCAUUAUCUGAAGAAAAUCAUUCUUACCAUCAGACAAAAGUGCUGGAAGAAAAUACUGAAGAAAUAAGUACAACAGAAAAAGGUGAAUCAUAUGGCAGUAGUGGAAAUCCUCAUGAAGAAAGUAAGACGUCAGAAAACCUUUUUCCUUAUCAUACUCAUACUGGAACAAAGGAAUAUAAUAUGCCCGAAGAAACUGAACAGGUUGAGUCAACUACUGAAGGUGAAUUAAUAAUAAGUAGCAUGAAUCCUCAGGAAGAAAAUCAAACAUCUGAAAAACAUAUGCUUCAAUCUACCGAAAUUAAUUUACCAGAAAAUAGUGAAGAAAUAAAUACACCCGAAGAAGGUGAAUCAUAUAGCAGUAGCGCAAAUCUUCAUGAAGAAAGUAAGACGUCAGAAAACCAUUUUCGUUAUCAUACUCAUAUUACAUCUAAGCAAUAUAACAUGCAUGAAGAAACUCAACAGGGUGAGUCAACUGCCGAAGAUGAAACUGCUGAACAUAUUAAAACCACUACAGAAAAUGAGUUAAAGACAACUGGUAUAAAUCCUGAAAAAGAAAGCGAAUUAACUGAGAAACAAACAAUUGAAUCUUCUGAAAGCUCAAUGCGAAAAAGUACUGUAGGCUUUAAACAAACUACAGAAAAGGAAGUUAGUACUAUUAAUUCAUUACCUGAAGAAAAUCGUUCUUACCAUCAGACAACAAUGUUGGAAGAAAAUACUGUAGAAAUAUAUUCAACCGAAGAAGCUGAAUCAUAUGGCAGUAGUGGAUAUCCUCAUGAAGAAAGUAAGACGUUAGAAAAUCAUUUUCCUUAUCAUACUCAUAUUGCAUCUGAUGAACAUAAUAUACAUGAAGAAACUGAACAGACUGAGUCAACUGCCGAAGGUGAAACUGCUGAACAUAUUAAAACCAUUACAGAAAAUGAAUUAAAGACAGGUAAUAUAAACCCUGAGAAAGAAAGCGAAUUGACUGAGGAACAAAGAGUUGAAUCAUCUGAAAGCUCAGUGCAAAACAGUACUGCAGGAUUUAAUGAAAGUACUGAAACAGAUGUUAUUACUAUUAAUUCAUUAUCUGAAGAAAAUCAUUCUUACCAUCAGACAAAAUUGUUGGAAGAAAAUACUGAAGAAAUAAAUACAACAGAAAAAGGUGAAUCAUAUGGCAGUAGUGGAAAUCCUCAUGAAGAAAGUAAGACGUCAGAAAACCAUUUUCCUUAUCAUACUCAUAUUGGAUCUAAGGAAUAUAAUAUGCCCGAAGAAACUGAACAGGUUGAGUCAACUACCGAAGCUGAAUUAAUAAUAAGUAGCAUGAAUCCUCAGGAAGAAAAUCAAAAAUCUGAAAAACAUAUGCUUCAGUCUACCGAAAUUAAUUUACCAGAAAAUACACCCGAAGAAGGUGAAUCAUUUAGCAGUAGUGCAAAUCUUCAUGAAGAAAGUAAGACGUCAGAAAACUAUUUUCGUUAUCAUACUCAUAUUACAUCUAAGGAACAUAAUAUGCAUGAAGAAACUCAACAGGGUGAGUCAACUGCCCAAGGUGAAACUACUGAACAUAUUAAAACCAUUACAGAAAAUAAGUUAAAGACAACUAGUAAAAAUCCCGAAAAAGGAAGCGAAUUGACUGAGGAACAAACAACUCAAUCUUCUGAAAGCACAAUGCGAAAAAGUACUGUAGGCUUUAAAGGAACUAUAGAAAAGGAAGUUAGGACUAUUAAUUCAUUAUCUGAAGAAAAUCAUUCUUACCAUCAGACAAAAGUGUUGGAUGAAAAUACUGAAGAAAUAAAUUUAACAGAAAAAGGUGAAUCAUAUAGCAGUAGUGGAAAUCUUCAUGAAGAAAAUAAGACGAACAUAAUAUGCAUGAAGAAACUGAACAGGUUGAGUCAACUUCCGGAGGUGAAACUGCUGAACAUAUUAAAACCAUUACAGAAAAUGAGUUAA